UACAAACAAUUUCUCUUGGAUAUUACAAGCUACAUUAACAAGGAUGGCAAAACUACCUACCCAAUUCUUGGUUUGCAGUUUCUUUAUUGUUCUUGUCUUGCAUUCUUUCUCAGUAACAUCUCAAGAAGUCGAGGAUGAAAGUGAGUUUAGUUAUAGUGCAAAUAGUCCAACAGGGCCUUCAAGGUGGGGAGAGAUUCAUGCAGAAUGGGGUGCAUGCAGCAACGGAACAAUGCAAUCUCCCAUUGACAUGUCGAGUGAAAGAGUUAAGAUAGUAUCCCAUUUAGGGAGGCUUAGGAGAAGCUACAAGCCAACCGAUGCCGUUUUAAGGAACAGAGGCCAUGAUAUGAUGUUGAGAUGGGAAGGUGACGCAGGAGCCAUAGAGAUAAAUGGUACCGAGUAUGUACUCCACCAGUGCCAUUGGCACUCACCUUCCGAGCACACCAUCAAUGGAAGGAGGUAUGAUCUAGAGCUGCACUUGGUGCAUGAAAGUGCAGAUGGCAAGGUUGCUGUAGUAGGGAUCAUGUACAAGAUUGGAAGACCAUAUUCUUUCCUGUCAUCAUUAACAGAUCAUUUAGCAGCAGUUACCGUUAUCACCGAUGAAGAGAGAGCUGUGGGGGUGAUCGAUCCGAGGGAUAUAAAAAUUGGCAGCAGAAAAUAUUACAGAUAUAUCGGCUCUCUUACUGUUCCUCCUUGUACUGAAAAUGUGGUCUGGAGCUUUAUCAGAAAGGUUAGGACUGUAACCAGGGAGCAAGUGAGAUUGCUUCGAGUAGCUGUUCAUGAUAAUUCGGAUACAAACGCAAGACCGCUUCAAGCAAUAAAUAAUCGAUCGAUUGAACUAUUUAGACCAAAAGAUAAUGAACGGGAUUAGAAUAAACAAGAAUGAUAACGAGUUCAAAUGUGGGAUUAUA